AUGUAUUUGCUUCAACCUCAACACAAGCUUCUGUAAUUAAUACUAUUUGCAAUGAUCAAGAUGUAUCUGCUUCAACCUCAACACAAGCUCCCAUAAUUAACCUUAUUUGCGAUGAUCAAGAUGUAUUUACUUCAACCUCAACACAAGCUCCU